GGGUUAUGGAGGCUGUUUAGACAGAAGCAGGAGGUUUUUUUUACAUCGUUUAUCAUCCAGCCAUUUGCCCAUCACGGGAGAGUCCCACAUUCCCAGCGCAAGGGGCCUCCCUACUGCUCACGAUUUAUUGAUUCUUCUUUUGCACUUGCGAUUAAAGCUCUGCUGAUGAUGUUACCGAGCCCAGUCACUUCCACACCUUUCUCUGUCAAAGACAUUUUAAAUCUGGAGCAACAGGGUCAGCAGCCCAUCGCCCACCCCCAGCACCUCCAGCAGCAGUGCAGCAGCAGCAGGGGGGCCCACGAUUUGGAAGCAGACUUCCAGCAGCAGCAUCAGGCCUCGUGUAUGUUAGUAGCAGCAGCUGCAGCAGGAGAGAGAUGUGUGUAUGCGGGCGGGGAGGAUAAGCUGCCCUUCCUCAGUUCUAUGGGGGCCGCUGAGGCUCAUGGGGAGGUUGGACUCUCCCCUGAUAGAUAUGUGGCCCUCAGGGACCCCAAAGAAGAAGAUGAAGAGGAGGAGGAAGACUCCUUACGAGUGGUUGGGCACAAAUCUUGUUUCCUGAAUAAAUCUCCUGAUGGUGAGGGGAAGCAAGAGGAGCCAGACAGGCCUAAGCAGAGAAGCCGCAGAAAACCCAGGGUCCUGUUCUCUCAAGCCCAAGUGUUCGAGCUGGAGAGGCGAUUUAAACAACAGAGGUAUCUCUCUGCCCCAGAGAGGGAGCAUUUGGCCAACAGCCUGAAACUCACCUCUACCCAGGUGAAAAUCUGGUUCCAAAAUAGGAGAUACAAGUGUAAGAGGCAAAGGCAGGACAAGUCUUUGGAGAUGGGCAGCCACCACCCUCCCCCUCCCAGAAGGGUCGCAGUGCCAGUGUUGGUGAGAGAUGGCAAGCCUUGUAUUGGUGGAUCUCAAAGCUACAAUACGGCCUAUAAUGUGACAGCCAGUCCCUACACCUAUAACAGUUACCCUGCCUACAGCUACAACAACAGUCCUUCCUACAACACCAACUACAACUAUACCAGUAUCCCCUCUAACCUGCACAAUACAGCAACCAGUCCAUUUGUGAACCUUGGCAACCUCAGCCAGAUCAGCAAUUCCCAGCAGCCCCAGGCCCACCCAGGGGCUUCAGUUCCUGCAUGUCAGGGGACUUUACAGGGAAUCCGGGCUUGGUAGAAAAACUUCUGCUUUGGACCCUACCAGCUCUAAGGGAAUUGUGCAACUUCCGGAUUCAGAGACUGGGUGAAAUAUCACGUCUGAAUUGCAGGGUCGCCGACCCCGUGGCCUUGCAUAGACGGUGAACUCUCUGCUGUGCAGAUAUUAAGACUAGAUCUGACAAAAGAGCUGGAGACAUUUAAUACAAGGAAGCACAGGAAAGGUAUUACUGCCCCACAUAGGAAAAUAUAAGAAGUGAUGUGAAACAAACAAAAUAAAAAAACGACUGUAUCUUUUUAAUGAAAGAUACAAGGAGAGGAUAUAUAGAUUUUAUAUGCAUAUAUAAAUAUAUAUAGAAGUCGAAACUUUAGCUUUGAACCUGAGUGUAGGUUUUCAAAACAAAAUAACGAGAUCUGCCUAAUCAUCAAUAUUAGUGACAAUGGUGGUGAUUAUCACUUUAACGCUUGAAGAGCAGGAUCUUCCAUUAGUACCUUCAGCUAGCAGGUGUUUCUGGGAGUUGUAGUUCUGGAAUAGCCGGAGUUUUGUGGUUACCCAGUUGCAGAUCCCAAGAGCACUAACCCUGAGGUUUCAGGAAUAUUCCGUUAUGGGACUGUGUUUGGGGUGGAUCAUUUAUUUUGAAUGAACUGUAGUGUAUGUUAUAUAUUUUCUAGACACUCCAAGCGAUCUCAGACAGCAGGCCUUGUGGUGCUAUAUGCCAGUGUAUUGUGAUAUUUUUUUCUUUUCCAUUGCCAAAAUAGCCACUUAUUUAUCUAUAAUAUUCACAUUAAAGUAUAACAAACGAGAAACUGAACUGCACUCAUUUUCUCCCUCACUUUCUGGCACUUUAUAUAUUCCAUACUCCUCCCAGUAACAGACUGGAACACUUUACAUUAUACAGACCACCUGGGUGUGCCAUGAUAGAAACAGAUUUAGCUAACUAGCCAUAUAAAUAAAUUAUUAUGAUGUCCUGUGGCCUUGGAUAGCUGGCUAGUAAGGUUACUGCAUUUAUAUGGCAACUCUCACCCAUAAUCAUUUAAUGGCUAGAAGUGAGUUUAUCAGUAAACAAACUUCUAAUAGGGCCAUUUUCUCCUCCAGCAAUCCCUAAAUUAUUUCUGGAUUUAUUGUAUUUCCUUUAUAUGUGCCAUUACAGCUACAAAAAAAAGAGCAAAAACGUAAAAUAAAUUAAUUAAUUAAUUAAUUAAAAUAA